AUGGAUGAUCGUUUGCAAAUCCACAGUGAUAGCACCUCUCCAACGACGUCAUACGGUGGUGUACUACCAAGGGAUACAACUGGAUCUGCAAUACAGUCACUCACAAACGGAUCUCCUAUUAAUGAUGGAACUAGAAAACCUGACAAAGCGCCACUUAUGCCAGAUCGAGAUACAAGAUUAAACAGUGGAACUUCACAAAUGUAUACCGAGGAACGACCUUAUCUUAGCAAGUUUUUUUUUCAAAAGCAAUCAAAUUCUGUGGAUUUCGUAAAUGCUGGUAAACCAAAUGGGUUAUCCACACUUUCUGGUGUAUUUGCACCUGUGGCUAUUUCUAUGUUUAGCGUUUUGCUAUUUCUUCGGAUGGGUUUUGUUGUUGGUCAGUUGGGUUUCCUCCAAACUAUUGCGCAAUUAUUCCUUGCAUAUACAAUCGUUAUGUUGACCGUUCUUUCACUUUGUGCUAUUUCUUCAAAUGGCGCUAUCGAAGGCGGUGGAGUUUACUAUAUGAUAAGCAGAUCAUUAGGACCAGAGUUUGGUGGCGCCAUUGGAUUGCUGUUUUAUACCGCCAAUGUUUUUUCUUGCGCCUUAUAUGUAUCUGGAUUUACCGAAGCUUUAUUAAGCAAUAUUGGUGAAGAGAGUUCACCUUCUAGCGCCAGCUGGAAAUUUCUGUGUUGUGUAUUUGUCUCCUUUAUUCUGCUACUUUUAUGCCUUCUUGGAGCUGGAUUGUUUGCUAAAACAGCAUUUAUUACAUUCAUUGUUAUCUCUAUUUGCUAUGUUACAUUUUUGUUAUCAGUUAUUAUAGUUGCACCAUUCAAUGUUCCAAUACCAAAAACAAAUGAAAUUGCUUAUAUGGUUCCAUCAAAUUUGUCAGACCCGUCUUCUGAGAAGGUACCCGACUUCAAUCAGACAUUGAAAGCAUCUUAUACAGGAUUCAGGUUCGCAACUCUGAUUAGCAAUAUGAUGACAAAUUACACGUUUGAUUACACAACGUCGAAGCCUACUGAUUUUGCUGUGAUGUUUGCAAUUAUAUUCAGCGGUAUUACUGGAUUGAUGGCUGGCGCAAAUAUGUCAGGUGAAUUGGCUAGUCCAUGCGUUUCCAUUCCAUAUGGCACUGUACAGGCCGUUUUUGUUACGUUAAUCGUAUACAUUACUACGGCAUUUUUUACUGCUGCUACAUGUAGUCGUGAAUUACUUCAGUCGAAUUAUUCGGUUAUGAUGAAUGUGAACAUUUCGCCGUUGUGUAUUCUUAUUGGUAUAUUUUCGACAACAUUUUUCUCAUCUAUGAGUAAUAUGAUUGGUGCAUCCCGUGUUUUGAACCGCGUUGCACACGAUAAGCUCUUUGGCUACUUGCUUCAUCCGGCGAAAAUCGAAGUCGGUGGUGGUAACCCCGUGGCGUCGGUGAUCAUCUCAUGGAUUUGCGUUGUGUUAGUUUUCUUGAUUGGUGCGAUGAAUAGGAUUGCCAAACUAACAUCUAUCUUUUUCUUGCUAUCAUAUAUGGGCGUUAAUAUUGCUUGCUUAGCACUGGAAUUAACAAGCGCUCCAAAUUUCCGGCCAACUUUUAAAUAUUUUACAUGGCAUACUUGUGCAGUCGGUGUUAUAAGUACUAUUAUAAUGAUGUUAGUCAUUGAUGCUGCUAUGAGUGCCAUUGGCGUCAUCGUACUUUUGAUCUUGAUUAUAAUUCUGCAUUAUCAAGCCCCAGCAGGAUCUUGGGGAUCUAUAUCUCAAGCUUUGAUCUACCAUCAAGUACGGAAGUAUCUUCUUCUUCUUGAUGUCCGCAAAGAACAUGUAAAGUACUGGCGGCCACAAAUACUCCUUCUGGUUAGUCGUCCCGCAAGCGUUUGUCCGCUAAUGGACUUCAUCAACGAUUUGAAAAAAAGUGGCUUAUAUGUAAUUGGUCAUGUGCAAAAAGGUAGCAUGGAUGAUGGUAGUCCAAAUUUGGAUCCGUUGCAUGAGGUAUUCCCAUAUUGGUUAUCUUUAGUUGAUUAUUUGAAACUAAAGGCUUUCGUUGAGUUAACCAUUUCGAAGUCAGUGCGUGAAGGUAUUCAACAGUUAAUGCGUUUAUCUGGUUUGGGAGCCAUGAAACCGAACACCGUUGUCUUGGGUUUUCAUGAAAAAUUUCCAACAGAAAAUACCCUUGCUGAAUCUUGUCUUCUGAAAGAUCUUAGAUUUUCUCGUAUCGAUCGAGCUGCUGUUGUCGAAUAUUUUACCGCCUCAGAUUAUAUGCCACGCGAGCCCAACAGUUCGCAUGAACGUUUGGAUAGUGAGGAAUAUGUACGCAUUUUGAAUGAUGUAAUUCAUAUCAACAAAAAUUUGUGUGUUGCUCGCUAUUUUAAUCAUCUAGAUAAAGAUGUCCCAAGAGGAUGGAAUGGUCAAAAAAAAUUCAUUGACGUUUGGCCAGUAUUCAUACAAAAACCUGGUGAAACGGGGCUUGGCUGGAGUAACAGUUCUCUUUUCUUACUUCAAAUGGCUUGCAUACUAUCGAUGAGUACUCGGUGGCGUUCGUUAUCAGUUCUGCGCGUUUUUAUCUGUGUUAAUAGCCUACAAGACAUGCAGAGGCGUGAGCGACAACUGAAGCAAAUGCUGGCACAUCUUCGAAUAAAUGCGAAAUCAUUGGUGACACCAUGGGAUCAUGUUGUUUGCCAUCUUGAUAGUGACAAUCCAUCAGCUCCAUUAAGGGAAUCAGUUGAUUUACCGUUGCCUUAUUUGACAGCUCUGAAUGAUUUGAUUAAAAAGAACAGUGGUGACGCAGCUGUGUGCUUGUUGAAUUUGCCAACUCCACCAAAAGACAUUUCACGAAGUGAGCAAUAUUUGGAAGUAAUAAGGCACUUGACUGAUGGUUUACCACCAACACUGUUGGUACAUGGCUUGUCGUCAGUUAUAUCGACGGCGCUAUAA